AUGGAAGAAAAUCAUUCAAUGCCACUUGUUUUAAUUAAAGAAGAAAUCGACCUGGAAGAUGUUAUAAUUAAAGAAGAAAAUGUUGUCAUGGAACACAUUAAUGAAAAUGAACAGUUGCAAUCAAGUUUGAAUUUACAUAUCAAAGCAAUUCAUUUUGACGAAAAGCCAUUUUCUUGUGAAAUAUGUGAUAAACGAUUUAUAACACGUCAAAAUUUAAUAACACAUCAACGAACUCAUACUAGAGAAAAACCAUUUUCAUGUGAAAUUUGUGGUAAUAAGUUUUCUCAUCAGAGUAGUUUAGUGAGACAUAAAAGAAUUCACAUUCGAGAGAAUCUUGCCCAUGAAGUAUUUGAAGAAAAAAUCGAUUUGAUUAAAGAAGAAAUAAUUGACGUUGAUGAAUCAUCUGUACUUGACUUCGAUCAUGAAAAACUUGAAGAAAAUUUGAUGAAAAAUGAAGUUAUUGCAGUCGAGAAUGAACAAAUUAAUGAAGAAAUAAAUUUGGAUCAAAUAUUGAUUAAGGAGGAAAUAUUAGCCGAAAAUAAUAUAGUGCAACAUGAAUUAAUUUCAGAUCAAGAUGAAACCGAUAAAUUGGACCAUAAAUUAAAAUUGGAAACUGAAAAUGCUUUAAAAUCUCAACAAAACAAACCGUAUUCAUGUGAUUUUUGUGAUAAGAGAUUUAAACAUCGAGUAAAUUUAUCAAUUCAUAAACGAUUACAUUCAGGAAAACGACCUUUUUCACUAACUUUAGAUGCACAUAAAGCAAUUCACAGGGGAGAAAGAAAUUAUUCAUGUGAUAUGUGUGGUAAACGAUAUUUUCAUUAUGAUAGUUUAACUGUUCAUAAACGGAUUCACGGGGUGGAAAGAUCAUAUCCUUGUGAAAUUUGUGAUAAGAGAUUUAUUAGACGUCAAGAUAGUAGUUUAGUGAGACAUAAAAAAAUUCACAUCCAAGAUAAUUUAGCGCAACAUAAACUCAUUUCAUAUCAAGAUGAAAUCGAUAAAUUGCAACAUAAAAGCUGUAAAUUUGAAGAAAACUUGACGGAAAACGAAAUUAAUGCAGUAGAAAAUGUACAAAUUAAAGAAGAAAUCAAUUUGGAUCAAAUAUUGAUUAAGGAGGAAAUAUUAGAAGGAAAUAAUAUAGUGCAACAUGAACUCAUUUCAGAUCAAGAUGAAAUCGAUAAAUUGGAACAUAAAAGUAAUCAAAAUGAAACCGUUAAAUUGGACCAUAAAUUAAAAUUAGAAGCUAAAAAUGCUUUAAAAUCUCAACAAAACAAACCAUAUUCAUGUGAGUUUUGUGAUAAGAGAUUUAAACGUCGAGUAAAUUUAUCAAUUCAUAAACGAUUACAUUCUGGAAAACGACCUUUUUCUCGUAAUUUAUGCAAUAAAUUGUUAUUGUAG